AUGAGUGAAACAUUUGAGACAUCGGUUGAGGAGAAGAUCCGCAGAAGUCGUCAAAUGAUAGACUCAUUGAAUGCCAACAGUUUCGCCGACAAGUCGUGCGAAGAUGUCUUUGACGACCACUUUCUGGAACCGGAUUUCAAUGUAUUUGUGAUUCUUGUCAACAGUUUCGGUGAUCUCAAGGAAAACAGUUAUAAACGAAACAAAUUGUUGUCUUUAAUCACUCGUUAUGUCUAUUGCGAGCACACGUUGAAGACAUUGCUCACGAAGACGUGUCACAUGUCCGACAAUGAGCUGCGAAUAAUUGGUCCCAAAUUGGAGACUAUUUUAGUGACGAUUCCGGAGAUAGUGUCCAAUAAUUUGAAGACAAACAAUAGCCACAGAUUUGAGCGAAACUUGUAUUUCAAACGAUUGGUGCAAACGAUGUGUUUGUGUUUUGAAGACGUGUUUGAGUCCAUCGCUAACUCAGAGGACUCUUCGUUGCAGUUGUUGUCAUCACUUUUGGGACGAAUCGCUUUAAUCGGUUUCACAGACAUUGUGUUCAAUGAACUCAUGGCUAAAGUGAUCGCCAAAUGCGAGAAAGACUUCAUUUGGCGGCGAAUCGCUUAUAGAGUCGUUGUUUGCCAACAAAAGUCAGAAUAUAUUGAAGUUUUGGUCAAAAGUAUCCUCUGUUUGCAAACCAAUUACGAGUCCAUCGUUUGGAUAAUCGGCUCCAGUGUUGAGACCAACAACAAAAUGAAGUUCUUGUUGACCAAUAAGUUUUUGCUGAUCAAUGAGUUUCAAAGUGAUCUCAUUUUGAUCAAUAUCUUCGGCUAUUUGUCCAGAAAUUGUUUGCAAUUAUUUUUCACUGCUUUCGACAAUGUGUUGAACUCUUGGAGUAACUCGAGUGCCAUUAAGUAUAGGAGUUAUUCCCAACACUUAUACCUCUCGCGGGCUCUUAUGAUUGGCUCGCGAUUUAUGAAAGACAUCGACUUCAGUGAAGUGACCGAUAAGUUCAGGAGACUUACGAUGAAUGGCAUUGAACUGCACCUCAAGAACAGUCAAAUGGAUUUCAGAAACAUUGGUCUCACUGUUGGUCAGACUCUCAUGUCUUUGUUUUAUCGCGAAAACAAUAAAAUAGAUUUCGAUAUCGAAGAAAACGAUGAAAUAAAACAUUUAAACGAUUUGUUUCUAAACAAUUGCAACGAAAAGGAUGUCGAUAUCAUUGGACACAAGAUAUCAUCACUUAAUACGAACGACACGAAUGGUGAAGAGGUUUUGCCAAACGUUUCGAAUGGAAAAGAAGAUAAAAAUCUGGACAGCGAUGACGAUGAAGACAGUGAUCUCAUUCCGUAUGACAUGUCGGUGUCGGGCGACACUUGCACUUCAGACGCUAAACGACCCGUUUAUUUGCGGGAUUGCAUGGAAGGGCUGCAGGACUAUGAGAAAGUGGAGUGGUUUACGACAUGUCUUCGAUGUGCGGAACAAGUCAUUAGAAGUCAUUCCGAUUCAGUGGAAGAGAUAUCCGUAGGAUUCAUGCAAUUACUGUUCCGAUUGGACGAUAACUGUGCGGUCGAGGACUUCAUUGGUCUUCGACUGCGAGCCAUGAUUUCAUUGUGUGUCUGCUCUCCUAAAUCAGUGGCCGAUUAUCUGUGCCAACAGUUUUAUGCCCCAAACUAUACGAUCCGUCAAAGAUUAGAUGUGUUAGAAGUGUUGUUGGCCUCAAGUACUGAACUCUCGUCUAAUGUGAAACAAAAUGUGAACAAAAGUGAUGUAAAAGAGAUCCCAUUAACUAAUUAUGAAGAGAAGAUUGCAGACAAUCAUUGGACACAAAUAGUGAAGAAUAGAAUUGAAUCCAAGACUAGAGUAUUGACACAUAAGACAAAACCUCUGGAUGAGAAAGCAUUUGUCAACCGAUUCGUGCCAUUCGCCGCACAUUUCUUCUUCCCGUUAAUGAAAAACAUUUUCGGAAAUGAAAUAAAAGUGUAUUUCUUGGAGGACGACGACUAUGUGUUGGGAAGACUUCUCUAUACUCUGGGAUUAAUCCUUAAGAACGCAUCGUUUGCUCCCAUCUCCUCUAAAAUGGGAAAAGAGUUUCUCGAGUUUAUUAUGGCCUUUAGAUACCAUUCCUCUGUGUUUGUGAGAGAAGCGGCUAUAUUUGCAUUUUGUAUGGUUUUGAUGAGUGUUCCGCCUAUUUAUCUGCACAAUGAGAUGUCUCUACAAAUGGUUGAGUUACAGCUUUGGCUCAAAGUAUUCAUUUACAAUUGUCUGCAAUCGACGUAUUUAGACAUAACGGAAAGGGAGGCUAACAGUCAGUGCGUACAAAAGGCUUGGACUGCACUUCAAUUGCUUAAAGAAGUGAUUAGGUAUUUAUCCGAUGGGACAGGCAUUCAAUGCGGACGCGAAGAGCUGCCGACCGACACACUGCGAGUGACGGCAGACCUCCUGAACUGA